AAUAUCUUAAGUACUAUACAGAGUCGGGAAAACUUAUGUUUAUUGUCAAAUUAAUGUUUUAAGCUACGGGAAAACGAGAAAAGCAUGAGAGCAAUCAAAUUUAAAUAGCUAGAGGGAAAAAUUGGAAUGAAUGAAACUAGGGGAAGAAAGAAAAAAUAUAUUUAUUUAUACGCCAAUAUUUCAAUAAACGUCUUUGGAAUUGGAUUACAUUUGAAAUGUCCUAUGGUUAUUUGAACGAUAACCAAUACUCGUCCUCUCAAAUUAACUCAUCUGAGCAAAAACUAUCACACCAGCCGAUUGAAUCGCAACAAACAUCUUUAUCAACGACUUUUAAUCGAUACCGCCCAACGUUUUACUGUUUCAAAAGUUCGCCAGCAUCAUCGGGAUUACAAGCCCCAAACAUUAGAGUACCUAUAAACAAUUUAAUCAGAGAAACUACAGAAGUAGGAAUAAAUACAUCAAGCGAUUGUUCUUGUUUAUCAUGCAGUUACGGAAACAAUCGACCUCCUCAAUAUCAAACUCCAGCUUUACCAUCAAGUUUGCCUCAUUCACCAUGGCAACAGCAAAGUUCUUAUCCUUCACCACAUGGACAAGGGGGAAGUCAAUAUUAUCAACAGCAGCAGUCUUUUUCACAAAUGCCAGCCAUUACAGAAAGACAUAGUAACAGCGACGCUUUAUUUUCAAAUAGAUACUUACCAAAUACUGAAGAAAGACAUGAACCAAUUCCGCUAGACCCCCGUGAAUGGAGUUCUAAUGAUGUUCUAAGGUGGGUUCAAUGGGGUUGUGCAACAUUUAAGUUACGAAACCUAUGUAUAGAACGUUUCCAAAUGAACGGGAAAGCGUUGUGCUUAAUGGACCUUAGCAUGUUUUUGUAUCGGGUUCCAGACGGAGGAGAAAGAUUGUAUCAUGACUUCCAAAGUCGACUACAAAGAGCAUUAUGUCAAGAUAAAUUCAGGUGACACAAAUUUAUAUAAUCUACUCCGAAUUUAUAAGAUAUCAAACUUGUUUUCAGCUGUUUGCAAAUUGAUACAUGACUCGUUAAAUCAAAAGAAAACUAUGAACAAUGCAUAUAUGAAAUUAAAGUUAUUCAAAGCAAACGAAGAAUCAAAAAUUUUCACACAAGUUUUACGAAGCUUAAGAAAAGAAAAAAAAACACGAAAAUAUUUUCAAAUUUUUUCGUCAUUAAAUGUUAUUUAUUUUGUAUUUUAAAAUGCCUCAAAAAUAUUGAAAGUUAUUUCUGAACACAAAGUAUUAUUUAUGAAUGUAAUUUAUUUCAAAAAGAUUUAUUUAAUAGAAUUUGCAAUUUUUAUUUUAUUCUCGAGUUCUUGAUGAAAGUUGUUUACUAAUUUUACAAUUAUUAAAAGUUGAGAAUUCUGCAGUAGCGUUUUCAUGACGUAACUUCAGUAGUUGACGUAACUUUAGUUGUUGACGUAACUUCAGCAGUUGACGUAACUUUCUUAGUUGCAAUUUGAAUUUUCUUUUUUUUUUUAUCAGUAAAUAUUCUAAUAAAAACAAGUUUUUUUGUUUUUUUUAUAUUUUCAACUACUUUUUUGUUAUUGCUAAUAUUAUACGUAUUUUAUUAUAAACUUUAGAGAAAUAUUUUUUAUUAUUCUUUUUUUGGUUUUGUAUAUUCGUUGUGCUGAGGCAGCGAGACAUCAAUGAAUUGAAUUAUUUAUAUUUUUCAAAGCAUUUUUUUUUUGUACAAAUAUAAAGGUACUUAUCGGGUUUUUUUGGGUAAAAUUUUUAUAGAUUUGUUAUUGGUUUAUUUGAAUUUAAAGAAUACUAUAAUGAGUUUGAACCCCCUGAAGCAAUAAUUUUGUAAAGAGUUUUUAAACUAAGUUACAUACCCUGCUGUUAUAGUAUCUUAAAUAAUAGUUUAAAAAACUGAAAUCCCCCCGCUAUAAGAUAAUAGUUUAAAGAGUAAUAUAAUUGAACCACGAGUAAUUUAAAAAAUGAAUAAUUUAUUAUCACGGACUUUUUUUUAAGGCUGAAAAUAUUUGAGUUUAUAUAAAAAACGUUUUGUAAUAUACAUGCAUAUAUAUUUAUAUAUAAGAAGAAUUACGAGAAAAGCAGAUUAAUCCAUUGUUGA